AUGGCUCCAUCUCAGUGGAAAUGCAGAUCGGAGAUGCUCGUGGUGUCGGGAUGUCUGCUCUUGUUUAUCUGGGGAUUUCAACCUGUGUUGUCAAGGGGAUGCAAUUACAACGCCGGGCACAACCUGGACAACGCCUGGUAUUCGAAAGACGGCGAAGAUUUGCCCAUUAUGGUCCUGAUGCCCAUGAAUGAAUCAGCGCUUAUGAGCAGCAUCAGUCAAGGGAUCGACCCCGCAGUCAACCUUGCCAUUCAACACAUACGAGAAUCCAGGCUCUACCCCUUCUCCUUGAUCCCAAAAAUCUACGACACUGAGUGUGACAAUGCCAAAGGACUGAGGGCCUUCUUCGAUGCCAUAUGCUUUGGUCCAAAGCACUUAAUGAUCUUUGGAGGAGUGUGCCCGUCCGUAACUUCCAUCAUCGCCGAGUCACUGGAAGGGUGGAACCUCGUGCAGCUGUCCUUUGCGGCAACAACCCCUGUUCUGGCGGACAAAAAAAAGUACCCCAACUUCUUCCGAACAGUCCCGUCAGACAACGCCGUCAACCCGGCGGUAGUGAAGUUCCUCAGCUACUACAACUGGAGCCGCGUGGGAACGCUGACCCAGGACGUGCAGAGGUUCUCUGAGGUGAGGAACGACCUGACCAACGAGCUGGAGAAAGCAGACAUUCAAAUCGCCGACACGGAGAGCUUCUCCAACGACCCCUGCAUCAAUGUGAAGAAGCUGAAGGAUAACGACGUGAGGAUAAUUAUCGGGCAGUUUGAUGAGAACCUGGCCUCAAAAGUCUUCUGCUGUGCCUACAACCUGAACAUGUUUGGCAGUAAGUACCAGUGGAUUAUCCCAGGCUGGUACCAGGGGAACUGGUGGGAGCAGGCUAACUCCACAAACUGCACCACAAGGAAGCUGCUGACGGCUAUGGAGGGCUACAUCAGUGUGGACUUUGAACCACUCAGUGCCAAGCAGACCAAGGGCAUCUCUGGGAGGACACCACAGGAGUAUGAGCGGGAGUAUAACAGACAGAGGCAGCAGAAAGGAGUGGAAUCCAGCAAGUUCCACGGAUUCGCUUACGAUGGCAUUUGGGUCAUAGCAAAGACACUGACCGGGGUCAGGGAGAAACUGCGAGAGAAAGAGAGAGAAAACGUCUUCCGGAACUUUACCGUCGACGACAAGGAGGUGGGGAAGAUGGUCUUGGACGCCAUGAAUGAGACCAACUUUUUCGGAGUCACGGGUCAAGUUAUGUUCCGGAAUGGAGAGAGAAUGGGGACGAUCAAAUUCACACAGUUUCAAGAGGGCCAGGAAGUGAAGGUGGGGGAAUACAAUGCCAUUGAGGACGCCCUGGAUCUCAUCAACAACACCAUCCGCUUUCAAGGAGUGGAGCCCCCCAAGGACCGGACGUUUGUGCGCUUGCAGCGGCGUCACAUCAACGUGCCCCUUUACAGCAUCCUGUCCACCAUUACCAUCCUGGGCAUGUUCAUGGCCGGCGCCUUCCUCUUCUUCAACAUCAAGAACCGCAACCACAGGUUAAUAAAGAUGUCCAGUCCAUAUAUGAACAACCUGAUUAUCCUCGGUGGAAUGCUGUCCUAUGCCUCCAUCUUCCUGUUCGGCCUUGACGGGUCCUUCGUGUCGGACAAAGAGUUUGAAACCCUUUGCACUGUUCGCACUUGGAUUCUCAUUGUCGGAUACACCACUGCAUUUGGCGCAAUGUUUGCUAAGACAUGGAGGGUGCACGCCAUUUUCAAGAAUGUCAAGAUGAAGAAAAAGAUUAUCAAAGACCAGAAGCUGCUGAUAAUUGUGGGUGGCAUGCUGCUGAUUGAUCUGUGCAUCCUAAUUUGCUGGCAGAUCGUGGAUCCGUUGAAGAGAACCGUGGAGGAGUACAGCCUAGAGGCAGAUCCGCAAGGACGGGACAUCGCCAUACGCCCCUUCCUGGAGCACUGCGAGAACACGCACAUGACCAUUUGGCUGGGCAUCGUCUAUGCCUACAAAGGGCUUCUCAUGCUGUUUGGGUGCUUCCUGGCCUGGGAGACGCGCAACGUUAGCAUCCCGGCGCUGAACGACAGCAAGUACAUCGGGAUGAGCGUCUACAACGUGGGGAUCAUGUGCAUCAUCGGGGCCGCCGUCUCCUUCCUCACCCGGGACCAGCCCAACGUGCAGUUCUGCAUCGUGGCCCUGGUCAUCAUCUUCUGCAGCACCAUCACCCUGUGCUUGGUGUUCGUGCCAAAAUUCAUAACCAUGAGGACAAAUCCCGAUGCAGCCACUCAGAACAGGAGGUUAAAGUUCACGCAGAACCAAAAGAAGGAGGACUCCAAGACGUCCACCUCAGUGACCAGCGUCAACCAGACUAACACGUCCCGGCUGGACGGCCUGCAGACCGACAACCAUCGACUGAGGAUGCGGAUAACGGAGCUUGACAAGGAGCUGGAGGAAGUAACCAUGCAGCUUCAGGACACCCCAGAGAAGACGCCCUACAUCAAGCAAAACCACUACCAGGACCUCAACAACAUCCUCAGCAUACGCAACUUUACGGACGGAAAAGAGGGAGAAAAAUCUAUCUUGAAAAACCACUUGGAGCAGAAACCCCAGGCGCAGUGGGGCUCGGUGGACCCAUCCAGGAUAAACAGGGGUCCCCUGGAGGACAUUAACUCACCAGAACACAUACAGCGCAGACUGUCCUUACAGCUGCCCAUUUUGCACCACGCCUACCUGCCCUCCAUAGGGGGGGUGGACGCCAGCUGCGCCAGUCCCACAGCCAGCCCCGGCUCCAGCCCCCGGCACAGACACAUGCCCCCGUCCUACCGGGUCAUGGUUUCCGGCCUGUGAGGAAGGAAGGAAGACGCCCAGGACACACCCGAGCCCUUUUUAAAAAAAAAAAAACAAAAAAAAAAAAACAAAAACAAGGACUGCGGUUGUAGGCAGCGCAA